UGCCCUGCCCCCAGGUACCCCCCCAGCUGCCAAGAUGUCCAGCAAACGUGCCAAAGCCAAGACCACCAAGAAGCGCCCGCAACGCGCCACCUCCAACGUCUUCGCCAUGUUUGACCAGUCCCAGAUCCAGGAGUUCAAGGAGGCCUUCAACAUGAUCGACCAGAACCGCGACGGCUUCAUUGACAAGGAGGAUCUGCACGACAUGCUGGCUUCCCUUGGGAAGAACCCCACCGACGAGUACCUGGAGGGCAUGAUGAGCGAGGCGCCGGGGCCCAUCAACUUCACCCAGUUCCUCACCAUGUUCGGGGAGAAGCUGAACGGCACCGACCCCGAGGACGUGAUCCGCAACGCCUUCGCCUGCUUCGACGAGGAGGCCUCAGGCUUCAUCCACGAGGACCAUCUGCGCGAGCUGCUGACCACCAUGGGCGACAGGUUCACUGACGAGGAGGUGGAUGAGAUGUACCGGGAGGCGCCCAUCGACAAGAAGGGCAACUUCAACUACGUGGAGUUCACCCGCAUCCUGAAGCACGGGGCCAAGGACAAGGACGAUUAGAGCUCAGGGCCACUCGGCCCCUCUGCAUCCCCUGGCACACGCCCCACACCCCUCGGCCCCCCUUGCUGCCCCACAGCAGGCUCCCCCUGUGGG